AUGUUCAAUCGUCAGUUCGUUGACAGUAGCACUCAGGACUUGACCAUUUUCAAGUUGGUCACCCUGAAACAGGGAAAGGAAGAAACUUUGAGAGCAUUCAUGGAUCGCUACCACAAGACCGUUCAUCGGGUGAAGGGUUUGAGCCCAGAACUCGCCUUGCAGUACAUCCUGCCUACUCUCAAGCCCGGACCAUUCAAGGAUAGCGUUUGCCGACGCGCUCCAAAGACCAUGAAGGAGCUAAGGGAGAGGGCGGCAAAUGAGAUCAGGGUGGAGGAGAUGAAGGUAUCGUAUAAGAAGGAGAAUCAUGAGAGCAAAGGAGAGAAAACCGACGGAGGAAGCCCUAAGUGCGGAGCUGAUUCUAGAGCCAAAGAAACGACGCACACCGCCAAGGUGGACGAGUGCGUGACCUUGAAGGAUAAAAUAGAAGAAUUAAUCCGUGCGGGGCAACUGAAGAAGUAUGUACGGAUCGACCAUCCCCAUGUACCCUUAGAUCGACCAAGUCCACGGCGGACCAGUCCCAGAAGACCAGAAAGACAAGAAAGGUCGCGGCGGGACCGAACGGACCGCCCACGAUUUGAGAGGUGGCGAAGCCGGAGCCGUAGUAUGAGCCACGACCGUCCCUUGCGGGGACAUAUCAACACGAUAUCCGGUGGUUUCGCCGGAGGCGGAUCUUCUUUAUCCGCUCGGAAGCGUCAUGUACGAGCCUUACAAUCCGUUCACGUGGUUGACAAACCCCGAAGGACGAUGUCGCCCAUUACAUUUUCAGAUAAAGACUUUCACGCGCCCGACCCCGAUCAAGAUGAUCCAAUGGUGAUAACAGUAGAGAUUGCCCACUAUAGUGUGAGCAAAGUGCUGGUGGACCAAGGAAGCUUAGUAAACAUUCUCUACUGGAAAACCUUCCAACAGAUGGACAUAUCAGAUGACCUCUUUGUCCCGUACAACGAGAAGAUUAUGGGUUUCACGGGUGAAAGGGUGGACACUAGAGGGUAUGUAGAUUUGUGA